AUGAGCAGUAAUAAAGGAAAUGGGCGCUUGCCAUCACUAAAAGAUUCCUCCUCCAAUGGAGGAUCUGCCAAGCCCUCAUUAAAGUUUAAGCCAAAGGCAGUUGCAAGAAAAUCUAAGGAAGAAAGAGAAGCAGCUGCAUCCAAAGUGAAGCUAGAGGAGGAUUCUAAGAGAGGCAAUGACAGAAAACAUUUCAGUAAUAAUAAGAAUAAAAGAGUAACCGGCGCUGGCGGCCAGCAAAGGCGGAUGGCCAAAUAUUUAAAUAACACGCAUGUUAUUUCUAGCGGUCCCUUGGCCGCUGGGAACUUUGUGAGCGAGAAGGGCGACUUGAGAAGGGGCUUCAUCAAAUCAGAAGGAAGCGGGUCAUCUCUUGUGCAGAAAGGCCUGGAAACUAUUGACAAUGGUGCUGAGAGCUCAGAGAAUGAAGCAGAAGAUGACGAUAAUGAGGGCGUAGCGUCUAAAUCCAAGAAGAAGUUCAAUAUGGGAAGAGAAUUUGAGGCACACAAUCUCAUAGAGGACGAAGAUGAUGGCGAAAGUGAAAAGAGCAGUGAUGUGGAUAUGGAUGACGAAGAAUGGAGAUCCCAACGGAUUGAGCAAUUAUUCCCUGUCAGGCCUGUCCGCGUAAGACACGAAGAUGUUGAAAUUGUCAAAAGAGAAAUACAAGAAGCUCUUUCUGAAAAGACAACUCGUGAGCCCACUCCAGGUGUAAAGACAGAGCCCACCGGAAGCGAAUUACAAUCUUAUUUAGAAGAUAGAGAAAGGCAAGUCAAUGAGAAACUUGAAAAUCUCGGACUUGCGGAGGAGUUUCAAUCAGUUGACGGGAGAGAAAUUGCUGCUGAGCUGGAACUAUUAAAUGCAGAUCAUCAGCAUAUACUACGAAAGCUAAAGAAAGUGAAUAACAAGCCGGAAAGAUUCAUGGUAUUCCAACUACCUACCAGGCUACCAGCUUUUGAAAGACCUGCUGUGAAAGAAGAGGAAGGAGAAGUAGAAACACAAGUUAGCGACUCUACCAAGAAGAAAAAGAGUAGCAAAAAGAAGGAUACGAAGGAUGUCUUGUCUACUGGAGAGCUGGCUGGCAAGGUUGGGUCUGUCAGGGUUCACAAAUCUGGAAAACUUUCUGUAAAAAUUGGAAAUGUGGUGAUGGAUAUCGGCAAAGGUGCCGAAACUACAUUCUUACAAGAUGUCAUAGCAUUGAGUAUCGCUGAUGAUGCAUCAUCAGCUGAGCUUCUAGGCCGUGUAGACGGUAAAAUAGUAGUCACGCCUAAAACCUAA